AUGGGUGACAGCCAGAACUCUCGCGCCAACGACUCUGUUCGCAAGCGUCAAGACGCUUUUGGUAUGCAGAUAAAGGGUUUCCCGAAGCUGACCAGCGGGUCUCAAAAUCCGGAUGCCGUUAAGAAGGCCCAAUUAUCUAUGCAGGCAUCCCUCCUCGGCGCGAAGCAGCCAGUUGUCACAACCACCGCCACGCUCAGCUCUCACCUCCGGGAAUUGCCAGUCGACCAACUCCCCAAAACUAUCAAAGACGCCUUGCAUGUCACCGAGAAACUUGGGUUUGAGUAUUUGUGGAUCGACGCCCUCUGCAUCGUGAAGGACUCUGACGAUGACAAGGCCGUAGAGGUCAGCAAGAUGCAUGAGGUCUAUCAGAACUCCUCCCUUACUAUUUGUGCCGCAAGAGCAGAAACCUGUCUCGAGGGAUUUCUUGGCCCCCGGGAGAUGGCGUCUGUAGAUUUCACGAUAUCCUUUCGACUCAACUACAAAGCGACGAUUCAAGCAUUGAACGCUACGGUCCUUCUUGUCGAACAAAAUCAAACAUUCAAGGGGAAACCCAUGGAACCUCUUCAUCACCGUGCCUGGACUAUGCAAGAAACCAUUCUUUCACCGAGAAUUCUGCUAUUCUCCAAGUACCAGCUUUUCCUUGUGUGUCAGGAACAGGCUCAGCAGGAUGGAGGUAUCGAUGACUGGAAUGCGUAUGCAGAGGCCUCAAGUUUUCACCGGUUAUGGGGUCCACGCGACAGCUCAACAAACCCUACGAAGCGGGCGAUAGGUGACUUUGAGCUUUAUUUUAGGCCCUUAGCUUCCCAAGACACGACAAGCUUGGAAGAACCCUCGCUGCAGACAACCUGGGAGCGCAUCAUGCAGGACUAUUCGCGACGAAGCAUCUCUGUGCCAUCUGACAAGCUUCCUGCACUUUAUAGUCUAGCGACGAUCUUUUCACAGAGAACCAACCUCGACUAUGUCGCCGGCAUGUGGAAGCAGUGGCUUCCUGGCGCUCUCCUCUGGCGAUUGUAUAAAACCGUCUCCAUCUCCAGACCCAAAGAGUGGAGAGCGCCGACCUGGUUAUGGUUCUCAGUUUAG